UUGCCUUGACGUAAAUGAGUUCCGACUGUGGGCCCGAAUAGCGAUGAGCCACGUGGGAACCGACGACAGCAUGAGCGACGACGUCUUUGAAGAUGACACUCUUCGCGCGCCCACCAUCCGUAGCACUCCGUCCCCCACGGGCUAUAGAGACUACAGGCCUGUAACACCAGCGCAGACUGUCAUCGACGAAGACGUUCCAAUCCACAAGACCAUUCUGCUCGGCGACAGCGGAGUGGGGAAAACUUCUCUACUCGUGCAGUUUGAGACCGGUAAAUUCCAGCCUGGCAACUUCUCUGCAACUGUCGGCAUCGGCUUUACGGUGAUGCUGCUAGGCGACAGCGGUGUGGGGAAGACUUGCAUGCUCGUUCGCUUCCGGGACGGAACCUUCCUCGCGGGGAAUUACAUUUCCACCGUUGGAAUUGACUUCCGGAAUAAAGUAGUGACUGUAGAUGGCAUCAAGGUAAAGCUUCAGAUUUGGGACACAGCGGGGCAAGAGCGCUUCCGUAGCGUCACACACGCGUAUUACAGAGACGCGCAUGCUCUACUGCUACUGUACGACGUAACAAACAAGACAAGCUUUGACAAUAUUCGAGCCUGGCUCGGUGAGAUCCGGGAAUAUGCACAAGACGAUGUUGUCAUCAUGCUACUAGGAAACAAGUCAGACAGCGGACUAGAGCGGGCGGUGAGGCGGGAGGAGGGGCAGCGCUUGGCGAGAGAGUACCAAGUUGCUUUUAUGGAGACCUCGGCGAAAACCGGCCUCAACGUUGAAGCCGCUUUUGCCCACGUAGCGCGCGCUCUCAUCGCGAAAGCAAAUCCCGUCGACCCCUCGAGGCUAGCGGUGCGCGCGCAUCCGACACAGGAGCAACGGUCCUCGUGUCCGCCAUGUUCGUAGAUUCCGCGCCAACUUUCAAUUUGCGAACGUGUUCGUGGACCAAAGGUCAUGCUCAUGCUCAUGAUAACAAUACUUAUGCAAUAUUUUAAUGAAAAACGUUUUUUCACACGGUUCAUUGACUAGAUUGUUUCAUGAUAUUUGGUUGUGUGUACAGGAAACCCAAUCUUUUACAUCCAAAGAGGGGUCAAUAUAAAACAUGACCCUUCCUUCUUCUAUAGCACGGUAAUAACAAUGUAAGCUACCGCCAACUACUAGAUAUAAUAGUAAUCAGAUACAUUACCUUGAAAUGUAUGUGAAACUGAUUAAAAUUCAAUAAUCUUGACCUGAUGCUACAGUCAGGAAGGCCAGCUUACCUACUUUUGCAUUGUAUACCGAUCGAAGUAAUAAAGAUAUUUACCUAGUGCUAAUGUUGGGUUAACUUAUCAUUUUUAAUCAUUAUUUACGGAAGUGUCGCAUACCCUCGCAGCGACUUUGCAGAGUUAUAGGGAUAUAAUUCUCCAGGUUUUAAUUCAUAUAGCAAUGCUGUGUUAAAUUCCUACCUAGCCUAAGUAGAUAUGUAUUUAAUAGCAGAACGUUUUUCAUUAAAAGCAUUAAGUUAACGAGAUGGCUAACAAAUGUUUUUAUGAAUAUAUUCAUUUGUAAUGGUAAAGGUGUU